AUGGGUUCACACUGUGCCAAGCUCAGCACGGGCCACAGCCGGGGCCACGAAUCCUCCAUGAAGAAGCUCGUGGCCUGCGUGAGUCAGGACAACUUCUCCCUAUCAUCGGAGUGCGAGGAAGAGGAGGAAGAGGAGGAGGAGGAAGAGGAGGAGGAGGAAGAGAUCCCGGUGCAGGGCAAGCUGCUGCUGAUGGAGCCCGAGCGGCAGGAGGAGGAGCCCCAAGAGAGGCCCAUGGCCCAGCAGAGCGCCAAGCCCAAGCCAGCGCAUUCCUGA